GUUUGGAGAGGUCCGUGCCAUCUCCACCCGCAUAGGGGAAAAGGUGCUUUGUUUCUCAAAGCUAUAAUUCAAGAAAACGGACUAAAUGUAUCGAUGAGCGAUCAGCCAUAAACGCAGGCAACCAGAUCCCUGGUCUGAUCAGAACCCCUUUCUCUCCCCCUGUUGCCGACUGCCGACGCCCUGGGACCCGUCGUCACCAUGGAGACGGUGGUGAUCGUGGCCAUUGGGGUGCUGGCCACCAUCUUCCUGGCCUCCUUCAUUGCCCUGGUGGUGGUGUGUCGACACCGCUACUGCCACCCCCACCACCUGCUGCACCACUUCAACUCCAAGUCCAACGGACUGACCUGCUGGUUUGAAGCUAUAAGUCUAUGGAUUGAACAGAGCGACUUCACAGCACUAAGACCCAAUGUUGACCUGAUCGGUGCCAUGGAGACCCAGAGUGAGCCGUCUGAGCUGGAGCUGGACGACGUGGUCAUCACCAACCCUCACAUCGAGGCCAUCCUGGAGAACGAGGACUGGAUCGAGGACGCCUCUGGCUUGGUUUCGCAUUGUAUAUCCAUCUUAAAGAUCUGCCACACCCUGACUGAAAAGCUGGUUGCCAUGACAAUGGGCUCAGGCGCUAAGGUGAAAGCCCCAGCCAGCCUCAGUGACAUCAUCACUGUGGCUAAACGCAUCAGUCCGAGGGUGGAUGACGUUGUGCGAUCUAUGUACCCUCCACUGAACCCCAUACUCCUGGAUGCCAGGGCAACCGCCCUCCUCCUGUCAGUCAGUCACCUGGUGCUGGUGACCCGCAACGCCUGUCACAUGUCUGGCAGCAUGGACUGGAUCGACCAAUCCCUGCACGCCGCUGAGGAUCACAUGGUGGUGCUGCGGGAGGCGGCGCUAGCGUCCGAACCGGAACGGAGUCUACCUGGAAUAGACAUGCAGAGAGAGCAGGCCAUCUAGAACACACAGAAACGUACAUACACACACGCACACAUUCACAUGGCAAGGCACAUACACUCCUUCUCUAUACAUUAUACACAUCUCGGGCACAUUCUCACACAUACACAAUGCUUGAUAAACACACAAUAAAAAAACUCACAUUCCCAAAACACACAUUUCCACUUUCCCACUGCUGUUCUGUGCUGAUUUACAUAUAGAUGGGUUGCCAGAUAAUAGAAAAGAGCUGGUUUUAGAAACUGAUAGGUGCCAGAUCCUUGUGCUAUUUUCCUCUUGAUCCUUUCACUUUUACCAUGUUUCUGGUUUUGUAUAUAGUUAUCUAUAACCAUAAUGCAUGUUAUGAUUAGGAUUUAUAUAGGUUUUAUGUUACACUCUCAGAUUCAGAUUGUAUUGUAAGUAAGUGGAGAGCUCACUGAGAUAGGCUUGUGUGUAGUUGCCAGAUGACUGGCCCCUUGAUAUUCAUUCCUGAGUGUCUUCCAUCUCCCAGCGGUGAGCUGUAAUCCGCCCCGUUAGGAGUGCAGUCACAUGGAAGCUUAAAUUUAGUCAACUAAUCCAUGUGGGGGAAAACCCUGUACACCCAAUAGGACCAAAGGCCUGGGAAAUAGAUGCACACCUACUCAGAGCAAUACACUCUUACUUAGAGAAAUACACUCUUACUCAGAACAAUACACUCUUACUCAGAACAAUACACUCUUACUCAGAACAAUACACUCUUACUCAGAGCAAUACACUCUUACUCAGAACAAUACAGUCUUACUCAGAGCAAUACACUCUUACUCAGAACAAUACACUCUUACUCAGAGCAAUACACUCUUACUCAGAGCAAUACACUCUUACUCAGAGCAAUACACUCUUACUCAGAGCAAUACACUCUUACUCAGAGCAAUACACUCUUACUCAGAACAAUACACUCUUACUCAGAACAAUACACUCUUACUCAGAACAAUACACUCUUACUCAGAGCAAUACACUCUUACUCAGAACAAUACACUCUUACUCAGAGCAAUACACUCUUACUCAGAGCAAUACACUCUUACUCAGAACAAUACACUCUUACUCAGAACAAUACACUCUUACUCAGAGCAAUACACUGCUACUUUUUUUUUAGAACCAGGAGUCAAGACAAGCCUCCGUACCAGCUGAAGGUGUUGGACGGCUUUAUGCGGGUCCCUGUUGCGUUUGUUGGGCGGAUGAACUACUUAAUUGGCUGUUAUCGUAAGGGAGGGUCAAAUGUGUGUGUAUGGGGGAAGGUUUCUUUGUUAGCCGUGUCAAAUGAGGUGGAGGUGAAUUUGCGUGCCUUGUGCUGACCGGUGGCGCGAUGUUAUUGGAGCAUGGCUAGCUGCCUCUCCAUGCAUGCCUAAUACCGUAGCUAGAACUGAAACCCAAGAGCAGUAAUCACAGUAUAACCCAGCUUUACACACACACACACACUGUCCAGCCCUAACACAGCUCACAGAGCUGCAAACACUGCACCACACACUCAAGCUUACGGAGCAACUGUAACAGAGCUCACACACUGCUAACCUAAGGAGCAACUGUACACAGUGAUACACACACUUACGCAAAGAGACAGCGUCGAUACUGUAAAUACCCACAUUAGACUUUUAUAGGCAAAACUAUACUGUUAAACACACGGUCAAGCUUAGAGACAAAUCAGGCGGGUUUUUUUUACGUUGUCUUUCUGAGAAGACAUGCCUUUUUCCUUCUUAUAUUUCAAGCUCUGAAAUUCAGCCUAAGAGAAGACUGCCAGUAUAACCGCAGCAUAAGCAGAGCUCAGUGAUGGAACGAUAUUGAUUUAAGAUGAAACAUGAAGGAAGUGGCCACUCCUUUAUUUUCCUGGUUUCCGUUGUUUAUUACAAUUGAUUGCUUUUGUAUGUAACCACUCCUGUGUCCUCUCCUCACCCACCCACCGUUUGUGAUGUUUCCUUAUCCCUCUUCUUUUUCAACUUUCUCUUUGUUUCCUUCCUUGAUUUGUACAGGUAAAUUAAAAGUUUCAUAGGAAAAUGUGAAA